CUCUCUUGAGUUGCUGUUAAUGGUACAGUCCUGCCUUUGUCUUGGUGGAGAACCAGAUGCUUUUGAUGUGUGAGUGGUUGGUGUUUCCUUCUCCCCCUUUUUUUAUUUCUUCACCCCUAUCUCUUAGUAUUGCAGUGUGGGACUAGGAGAGAGAAAGUGGGAUACAUAGCAACGCAACAAAUUCAGCAGCGUCUCUCUCCCCAUUUCUUCCCCUUUUCCUCACCUCUCUUCCUUCCCGUCUGCUUCCAGCCCCCAGAAAUCAAAGCUCCCACCACCACAGAGCUCCUCACCAUCCUCUCCAUCUGCUCACUGUGGGGAUCUAUCAGGAUGCUCGCUCUUGUACGCGCGCGGCUGGGGGAACAGAUGUGAUUUAAGGUGCCUGAUGAGGUAGUGAGCGGCCAAGGAAGCAAAGUAUCUUGCUUUCCACCUGUUGAACUUACCAUCUUGGUAUGCUGGAGUGCAAGGAUAAGAGCAGGCCCAAUUGCUGCAGAGCUCUUGGGUUCUUGGUGCCAACUGUAGCUGUAGCAGAUCUGGUGGGAGCAGCGAAGGCGUUCAUCAGAUGUUAUCCUGUGAGCACCCUUCAGGCCCCUCAUGCUCCUCCAAGUCUGCUGGCUCGGGUGUGAGCGCUGAUCCGGCGACGUCCGCGGCGGAGGCGCCGGCGUGCCAGGAUCCCAGAGAUCUGGUCCAACCGUGCCCCAAGUUCUCAAUAAGAGAUUAUGUUUUCGCUUCAAGGAGCAAAGGCGUCAAGAGAAGCUGGCCUUUCCAUCCACACUCGUUGCAGCUUUGCCUGAAGCGUGGUGUGAAGGAUCCAUUGCCUCCAUUUGAGCCUCCUGGUUUGAUCCGGUCACAGUCAUUUAAUACUUUCACAGACGUCGAGCAAUCUGCUGCAUGUAAAGAAGCCAUCGCUUGUGUUGGUCUGGUGAAGACUAGAGAUGCUAGUUCGUCAAACGUGGAUACAAGUGAUAUCAACUCCCAGUCAUGCCAACCAGUAGAUGAGUCACUUGGUCCGUCACCAUACACAUCACCAGAGGAUGGGAAAUCUGGUAUCGACCAAGUGGGGAGUACAAAUGAAUCAGACCAUACUGAUGAAGCUGUAGCAGUAGAUCUGCAAGAUAAUAGCUGUACAAAAGCAAGUCGACGAGCUGAGGUUGUUGUGCCCUCGUGGCGGUCUAGAAAUCUUGACUCAUCGUGUGAGCCAUCUGAAAAGAAGUGCAAGUUUGUAGUCAAGUUAGGCACCCCGGCAGAUAUUCGGCGGACGGAAGACAUAGCAUCUAACUCUAGCUCAGUUUCAGACCCAAUGGCUUCAAAGACUUGUCCUGUUUGCAAAGUGUUUGCUUCCACUUCGAACACCACAUUGAAUGCCCACAUAGAUCAGUGUCUUUCAGUUGAAUCUAAUACUGAGCUCGUUGAAACAGUUCUUGUGAAGCCUAAAGUGAAGCCAAGGAAGAAGCGAUUGAUGGUGGACAUAUACAAGACUGCCCUUCCAUACACACUCGAGGAUCUUGAUCGAAGGAAUGGCACUAAUUGGGCAAUUGAGUUGGCUAUGCCUACUGUGAACAAGGAGGUUUGCACGGAGAACCGAAGCCCAGAAGUGGUACCAUUUAACCCAAGAGAUGAUGAAAGAGAAGGAGAUGUUUAUGUUGAUUCUAAUGGCAUAAAAAUUCGAAUUUUGUCCAAGUGUAGUGAUGCACCUUUGGUGUUGGGGGAUGAGCUUGGUUCAAGGAAAGUUGCAAAGCAUGACACUGGGAAAGGUAUACUCAUGAGCAAAAAGAUUUUGAAGUCGAAAUUUUUGAAGAAUAAGAAGCUCAAGAUGCAAGGAAAGAAGUACGAUAAAGUAAAUCGUUUGAAUUCCCAGGUUCAAGCAUACCCACGUGGAGGUAUCAGUGAAGACACCUCUGAGGGGGAGAUGCAUAUGUGGAAUCCUACUGAAAGCACCAGCAACCAUGGUUCGGGGACUAUGAGGCAGUGGGUGUGCUCCAAGCGCUCAGAUAUCGCAAAGAAUGCUAGCAGAAAGCUUGGUGACAAAAUAUUUGAUAAAGUGACAUCUGGAACUAAGAAAUUGGCUAGGAGCAGCAUGCCUUCCUUUGAUGAUUCUCAAAUUCCAGAAAGUCCUACUGGGGCAUUUUCUUCCCAGUUACCAGAAGAGACGGCCACUACUUCAGAAGCCAAUGGCGUUGAACAGAGUAAUGGUUCUUCAAGGCUGCUCAGAUCAAUUCCGAGAUGGUCGUCGGAAACUCCUCGGCAGAGCAUUGUCCCGCCAAAAGUACCUAGAUCAGCUGCUGCUCUUGCCAAGAGAAAAAUUAAGGAGAUUGGAAGGAGAGAAGCUAAUAAGCUAGAUAAUUACGAUAUAAUGAGGGACUCCACCUCAGAGAAAAGCUCUGAAGCUAGGAGUCUUUCGUUCUCCAUUGCAGGGCCGGGCGAUGGACCAAAUAGACUAGCAUCUUCCUCUAAGAAGUUCCGGAAGCACAGGUCUCUGUUGAGGACUGGCAGGCGUGCAUUUUCACCUUCUGGCGGUAGGCUAGCUCAUGGUUUUGUCCAAGACUAUGAACCUGAUGCAAGACAUGUAAACAAGAAGUUCAGGGUUACUAGUAACGGAGCCCCCAAGAAGUUCGUGAAGCAUACUGAAGAGGAUACUGCAGAUAAUGACUUCUCUUUUGGAAGUGACAUGCAAAUAUUGGGACAACAGGAUGAUCAAUAUGAUGUGGCACAACAAACAGACUGUACACAAAUGGAUUAUGAAUGUGAGGAACCUGAAACUGAUACACCACGGGCUUCAGUGUCCAGGCGUAAUCCUGCUGACUGUUGCAAUGAAAUACGCUAUGGUUCUCCAAGUCCUGAAAAUGACACAACUGCCAAUGAUGUUUUGGUUGAAGGCAUUGGUGUAGCAGUGGAGGAUCAAAGCUCUAGUGACCAAUCAGCACGUCAUGCUCAUGAAUCCAACAGUGCUGUCAAUAAUGAGAUGGAGGAAUGGCGGAUAGAUCCAGCUUCAACAAAGGAAUCUAGUGCCUGCUUGACUAAUAACAGAGACAUGGGUCCUGGAGCUCCUCAGGAUAACUCAUCAAUAACGUCAAAUAGAGAAGACUCUAACCAAGAGCAUGGUUUGCCAUUCGAACAUGACUCACUGGAUUCUCCUAUAUCAACUGCCUCAACUAUGUCUCCAACUGCUCUGAAGGAUUCUAAGAUUAAAGAGACAGAACCAGGUCCAUCUACUGUUAAGACCAUUGAAGAGCAAAUCACUGGGGGCUUGAACCAAGAAAUCAAUUCUACGCCUAUGGCCAGAGAAGGUGAACAACUGCCUAAUGAGAAGCCUUUUUGUUGUUCUUGUCGGGAGAGCAUUUCCAGAGAGUCUCAGCUACACCAUCAAAGUGCAAUAGACAGACCAAUGCUGAAUUUUACUGGAAAGAAGGUUCCACCGUUGCACAUCGGUUUGAGGGCAUCAUCAUCUUUCAGCACAUACCAAAGAACCAGCACAAAGGCUAACCCUUGCUUAGAUUCACAUGAUCAACCAUUAGCGGCUAAGGUUUCAGCUGAAUCUGCUAUGAACCUCCCAUCCUAUACAACAGACUGUAUGAGUCCCUCAUUACAAACUCAGCUUCCUUCACCAUCAAAUCCUAUCUUGAGACUGAUGGGUAAGAAUUUGAUGGUGAUGAACAAUGAAGAGAGCAUGCAUCCUCAAGUACCAAAUUCAGACUACAUCCUGAGAGGGAAUUAUGUGGCACCUGUUGGUUUUGUGCCUCCAAACUACCAGCAUCUCAGUGAUUCUACAUUUAUCAACACGGCUCCAGCCACAGGCAAUCACCAAAUUCCUCUACCAAGUGUUCCAGGUGGCAACUUUGUUGUGCCACCAUUGCACAGUGGUUCCGUGAUGCAGUCCGACCUUCAUUCCCAGCAGAAGUCCUAUAGAAACCUUGUGCCAGUCAUGCAUCAUCCAACUUACAUGAUGAAAGAAGUGAUUGUGAUCAAUGACUCUCCUGAACGCAGAAGUGAGCCUCAAGUUAGCAUGCUUCUCCCCUCUGCCCCUUCUCCGACAACAAUCUCAGUGCCAAAUGCUAUGCCGCCCCGGCCAUUUUACUGCCUUCCAUCGCAAGGCUCAAGUUUGCCAAGGGAGAGGGCUGUUGGAUCCCUACCUGGAUUUGCAAACGUUGGCUCAAUGGUUGGUGUCAGCUCAUCUAGUCAACGAAGCCAAACAGAAGUAGCCAAUCCUUACAUGCCAAUGGUUGGGGUCAGCUCAUCUAGUCAACGAAGCCAAACGGAUGUAGCCAAUCCUUACAUGCAAAAUCCGUUCUUCGUCCAGCCUCAAACUGGUUACAUAAGCCCACCUGUGUACUAUUCACAAAAUUUGCGGUGAUAAUUUUUCAGCAACUCAAAUGACCAGGAGAGCUCCAUUUAGCCUACCGGUCAUCACUGUCAAAGUGGGGGAAGUGAGUUUUGUGAUGGGUCUAAAAUGCUGAGAUUAGCGAACCUGCAUGAGAUGUCUGACUUUCAUGAGGAUUUUCGCAUAGGUUGCUUCAUUAGAUUUUGCUUCAAGGUAAACAUGUUUGCCUUCAAAGUAUUUUAAUUACAUCCUGCAAAGCUGCAGUAAAUUAUAGUAUGCAAUGCCAAUAGUUCUCCAAAGGAAUAUAUCUCAGUAUUUAUCGAAAAAACUAACAUCUUACAUUCCAGCAAGUUUUUUCGUUGUUGCUCUGUCCUUUUA